UCUCCACAAGAUGGCCACGCCGGUAGUACCAGCAAGUACUCCUCCCGCCACUCCAGCCCCAGCGACGGCAGCAGCCUCAGCUUCAACACCAGCCCCAGCUCCAGCACCAACGCCAGCUCCAGCGCCGUCUCCUUCUCCGGCUCCGGCUGCGGCUCCGGCUUCAUCCUCAGAUCCGGCGGCGACAGCGGCUGUGACCGCGGCUCCGGGCCAGACCCCGGCCUCAGCGCAAGCCCCAGCGCAAACCCCCGCGUCCUCGCUGCCUGGUCCCGCUCUCCCAGGGCCCUUCCCCGGCGGCCGCGUGGUCAGACUGCACCCGGUCAUUUUGGCCUCCAUCGUGGACAGCUACGAGCGACGCAACGAGGGCGCUGCCAGAGUUAUUGGGACAUUGCUGGGAACUGUUGACAAGCACUCAGUGGAGGUCACCAAUUGCUUUUCAGUACCACACAACGAGUCAGAAGAUGAAGUGGCUGUUGACAUGGAAUUUGCUAAGAACAUGUAUGAAUUGCAUAAAAAAGUCUCUCCAAAUGAGCUCAUCCUGGGCUGGUACGCUACAGGCCAUGACAUCACAGAGCACUCUGUCCUGAUCCAUGAGUACUACAGCCGGGAGGCCCCCAACCCCAUUCACCUCACUGUGGACACAAGUCUCCAGAAUGGCCGCAUGAGCAUCAAGGCCUAUGUCAGCACUUUAAUGGGUGUCCCUGGGAGGACCAUGGGAGUGAUGUUCACACCUCUGACAGUGAAAUAUGCAUAUUAUGACACUGAACGCAUCGGAGUUGACCUGAUCAUGAAGACCUGUUUUAGCCCGAACAGGGUGAUUGGACUCUCAAGUGACUUGCAGCAAGUAGGAGGGGCAUCAGCUCGCAUCCAGGAUGCCCUGAGCACAGUGUUGCAGUAUGCAGAGGAUGUACUGUCUGGAAAGGUGUCAGCUGACAAUACUGUGGGCCGCUUCUUGAUGAGCCUGGUUAACCAAGUACCCAAAAUAGUUCCCGAGGACUUCGAGACCAUGCUCAACAGCAACAUCAAUGAUCUGCUGAUGGUGACUUACCUGGCCAAUCUCACGCAGUCACAGAUUGCCCUCAAUGAGAAACUUGUAAAUCUGUGACUGGGCCCCAAGCAGCUCUCCUGCCAGUCUGGGUCUCAGCCCUAGGACUCAGACUAAAGUGAAGGAGAAAUGGUUUGUGGUUUUGAGUCACACUGAGUCAGUCAACUGCUUGUGACUCUAAAUAAAUACAGCCUACUUUUUGUAAAUGAA